AUGAAGGCACUCGUGUUGUUACUUUGCUUUUUGGUAGACUUGAAGGCGAACAUUGCUAGAGAUGAUGCCCACUACGUGUUUAUAGUGGUAAGGUUUUGCUGCUUUGGUGUUAGGAGUGGUAGUCGUUAUUUACAGGUAACUACAAUGCACCUACAAGGAGCCUUUCAUCUACCAGUGUGGGGCCCUUUAGGCGCGGGAACUAGCCUUAGCGUGAUUUGUGUACACAUGAAGGCACUCGUGUUGUUACUUUGCUUUGCAAGUACGGAACAUUGUGCAAAACCUAAGCCAAUAGUUGUGCACCUACAAGGAGCCUUUCAUCUACCAGUGUGGAGCCCUUUAGGCGCGGGAACUAGCCUUAGCGUGAUUUGUGUACACAUGAAGGCACUCGUGUUGUUACUUUGCUUUUUGGUAGACUUGAAGGCGAACAUUGCUAGAGAUGAUGCCCACUACGUGUUUAUAGUGGUAAGGUUUUGCUGCUUUGGUGUUAGGAGUGGUAGUCGUUAUUUACAGUUGGUAGACUUGAAGGCGAACAUUGCUAGAGAUGAUGCCCACUACGUGUUUAUAGUGAAUAUACUACAGCUUUUAAUUGGUCCAAGUAUCUGUUGUGUCUUGGCGAAUGUAUGCUUCACUGCUCUAAAAAAAGAAUACUGUUUCUCAUACGUGCUAUUUAGUCUCUCACUUAGUUUACCUCUAUCUUUGACUUAUCUGGCCUCUGAUUGCAAAAAAAAUGUUCAAAAACCAUUAGCGGUGGCCAUUGAUAAUAUUUUUAGACAUGUUUAUGAUCAAUACAUUAUAAAGCUAAUACUUUUAUUUACUCAUCGACAUCCAAUAGCACUUUUAAGAUGA